AUUCAAAACGGCGUUAUUGAGAUACAAAGAUUGAGGGGUUUUCUUUAACCCUCUUUUUCUUUUCUUAUUUGUUUAUUUAUUUUUAAAUUUCAGUCUCUCUCUGACGUGAUUUUUGCGUGCAAUCGCUUCCACCAUUCGGCUUAAACUUGGUACACUGCUGUCGCAAUUGAGUAUUUCAGACUUGAUGCUUUGGUUCUGUCAAUAAUGACCACAUUGAGGUCCAAAUGAUGCUUGUUGAAUGGUUAUGUUACCUAUUUUGACGUGAUUCAAAAUGUGGAACUUCGCAUCAAGUUGCAUUGCUGGAAGUUUGGGUCUGAAAAAUGAUUCUCUGAAACCAGUUCACUCUGCUUCAGAAUGUUCUGAUGACGAGACUUCUGUGGUGAGCAGAGAGGAAGGGCUAGAAUGCCCAAUAUGCUGGGAAUCUUUUAACAUUGUUGAAAAUGUGCCAUAUGUUUUAUGGUGUGGCCACACCCUUUGUAAAAAUUGCAUCCUUGGACUGCAAUGGGCUGUGGUGAAAUUUCCAACCCUGCCAAUUCAACUUCCACUUUUUAUCUCCUGCCCAUGGUGCAAUCUUUUAUCUAUCCGUUUAGUGUAUCGGGGAAAUCUGAAAUUCCCUCGCAAGAACUACUUUCUUCUUUGGAUGGUCGAGAGCAUGAAUGGUGAUAGAGUGAAGUCACAUUCAACUUUAUGUGGGGAUAGUCAACCAGUCUGGCCAAUUAAAGACAGUUUAACAACAGGAAGCCAAGUAAGCCAUGGUAACCUUCGUAGAGGACAAGUUUUCCGUCCGGAGUCUUCAAGAUCCAAUCAACAUCAUGGGAUUACUGGUAAUUACCUCAGUAUAGAAAGACUGCAUGCUUCUCUGCGGAAGUCACUGGUUUUAUUUGUUCACUUGACAGCGAAGUUCCCAUUGAUCAUUAUAUUUCUUUUGAUUGUCUUAUAUGCAAUACCAGCCAGUGCAGCCAUAUUGGCUCUGUAUAUACUUGUUACCAUUGUGUUUGCCCUCCCAUCAUUUCUCAUCUUGUAUUUUGCAUACCCUAGUUUGGAUUGGCUUGUCAGGGAAAUUAUCACUUGAGAUCAUGGGGUUGUAUGUCUUCUGCUUUGCAAGCAUUAUGCAUGUAAGUUUGCUUCACCUAGUGGCCCCAUGUCUUCUACUUCGCCAUUGGCCAACAUCUCCAUUUACUUUGUGUGUCAUUUAUGUUACCAUAUAUAGCCCAUUCAAUCUCAGUAAACUUUUUUGAGUCGUGGUUUUAGCUCGGGUACAGCUUGGCUGGAAGGAAUGAUAUCAGUUUUUGGUAUGAACUAUUUUGAGGCAACCAAGGCCGUGUAUUGAUUAAAUUAAGGUUGUAAUACCUUUUUCCUGGUGGCAAAUGGUUGCUUUAUUAGAAUUUGAACUUCACAAGAGCAUGCGAUGUAGUUAGUGAUCAAGUGGAUCAAUAUCAGAAAAGCAAUUUUGUAUCAUGGACACAUUUGGAUGUUCCUAUUAAUACAACUUAAAGUUCUGUUUUUGCUAAUUGUAAGUAUAAUUGGUCGAGUUGUUUGUCUGGCUACAUGUGCAAGCAUUGUAUGCUUUAUUAUUUGAUAUUAGUUAUUUACCCUUGGUUGGCUACUGGAAAAGGUUUGUACUCUAGUUGGAAUUGUAUCUUUCAUGUAUGGUUUGCAUAUACGUAUUCACUUUCUCAAUUACAUAGUGGGAAGCACUCUGGUACUUUGAUGUCUGUAUCAAGCUAUUUAAAUUUUAAACUUUUUUGAU